AUGGCGACACCGGGAGCAAUUCGAGCACCUCGAGUCAUCAUGGUGCAACGUACCGGUCAGCCAGUCGGAUCUACGACCCCUGGUGCACCUACAACGCAGGGCAUACGGGUAAUUUGAGCAUUAAUAUUUCGCAACCCUCUCGUCAAUACAGAAUGCUUGCUUUUACGCAUGAAGCUUUACCUCAUGAUCAUGGCCGGUGUCAUAUCCCGUGACCUAUAAUCUAACAAAGCUGUGCACACACAGUUAUUCCAUUGUUUGGUGCCAAAAGACAUGAAAGUAAACGGCUUUGUCGUGAGUCACAGAUUUGUCUUUUUGGGGCGGCGCCUUAAUUUUCCCAUACAUUUCAAGGACUUCCUAUCCACCGGAGACUGCAGUAGUUUCUGCUCUGUUAUCAUUUUCUAGUCGCUCUCCAUCGCCCUUCUCUGAUACUCCUUUCCCUGACAGGAAUGACUGGUAUUUUUGUGGUCUUCCUCCGAUUUUAGUAUACGCGAGUGGCCUGAACAAGUCCCAGCCACAAGCUAGCAUGCUGGUGUACAUAAAUUACCUUGUGAAUAUGUUCCAUGCCCAUGAUUUUCCAAAGCUCACCUAGGUUAUUUUUCCCUGUUGAUCAGAUUAUCCAUACCUGGUUGUCGAUGAUAUUUGGGUAUCCUCCCUGUCUAAAGCAUGCUUAUAUUACGUUAUUCUUGUGCACUGUCUCACAGCAAAUGCUUCAUAGGCACGCCAACACAAAUAAUCUCUGCUAACAAUUAUUUAAUUUAAAGCGGCUUCUGCAAAGUACUGUCCGCGUACCAUUUAAGCGUGUGUACGGACUAUCAGUCUUCACUUUUUUUGUUUCUACAGGCCGUGAAAAUAAUUACCGUCCCUGGACAAGGGGUUGGCGGAAAGGCCCUCAAAGCAGCAGGUAAUCUUUUCACUUUUUAUGAUUAGACCUUUUUUUGGUAACCCCGAAAUUACAUGGUGGGCACGACGAUGUUUGUCAGAAAUUUCAGUGAGGUAAAGUCAUGUAAUAAUUGAGCGAUCGAAGUGGUGCCCUUGCUAGCCUCUGCGCCCUAAUCUGUCCAGACCAGUGGGGGUCCUGUCACUCACUGACAGUCGGCAUUCUCAUGUCUUAGUAUUGCACUUUCAACGUGAAGUCUCUGCGUCCAUUUACUCCAGUUUAAUGAUCCAAGGUGGCACUUCAGCGGUCCACGCUAGAAAUGCGCUUGAAAACCCGCAAACUGACCCGAUAAUUUGGUCCUCGCGGUCGGCACUGUGUGUGCAUUUGAGGUGACUGGCUCUCGAAGCCUGGGAGUCAGGCCUAAUGGCCUCCUCCUAACGUGACUUGUAUGGGAGACGAGUAGCCCACUUUAUUGCGGCACGUCUGCGGCACUCGUAGACGGAUUAUUUAGCUUUGCCAGCUACUGCACGCGAACCCGUCCUCGGCCGUCCUGACCCUGUAUUACCACCGGGCCCAGGUGGAUGAGGGUUGAGUGUGGCAGACGCUGCGCAAGUCUGCUGUCAUUAUGAACUUGUUCACGCGCAAGUCACUGUCCUGCACCCACCGGUGGUGGACAUUGUCGCAUGUGAAAGUCGGACUGUCGUCAGGGCCUAGUUCACGAUGCGCCACAUAUAUAAGAACGCUAACACUCCCACCCAUAAAUCACGGCACUGUGCUGGGAUCCGUCAGACAGCCAGGUAAUGUGUCCUCAGCAUACGCAAAAAUUCGACAUCGACUUUGAGAAUCCAGUUCAGGCGCCGGGAAAGCUCAUUCUAGGGCCUUGGGGACCAACACAGUUUUGGAGAGGGCACGACAACGAUGACUUGCGCGUGAAAUUGUUUACUGCGAAGUGGACCUACGUAACAUCCACUUUUCUUCCUACAUCCACUUUGUUCCAAUGGCACAACAGCCAGAACAACUGCGGACGCACGCAAGCCCUCUUGCUGACGUCGCCGGAGCCGUGUCUGAGCCUAAUUAUAUAAACCAGUUUUAAAUGAGGGGGCUCCCUAUCUCAUGUGACGGCGCCAUAAAGGCCACAGUAGGAAGAAGCCAUCGCAGACUGAUCUGCAGUCCUAAGCAAGACUGUGUUAUUCCCGCGGUUGGCAUCCUUCCGAGCCGCGACUGUUAGCGCGUUUGGUUGUUUGUGGUAGAGAAAAUAGACGCUUGAUCUGAGCUAGACCGACCACAAUAUCUUAAUAGCAGUGGCAAGUCGGGAUGAGGCCAAAUAGUGGUGCCAUUGGGAGCGGUGGCGUACGUGGUGUGCAGCCUUCGUCCAAAAUGUGCCACGCGCAUGCAUCCAGACGUGGGAUUCGUUGCUCGUGUUAGCGGACGUUGUUAGACUUAAUCGCGUGAUCGUUAUGUGCUUGGUGCGCGACAUUUUAAUGCUUGUCGUCAUAUUUGCACGUAUGUCUGAAUAGGCCAAUCGGAUGCCAUGAGGACCUGACGGCUGUUAGUAGGGACCCCUUGCUAAUAAAACUGGGGGCUUUCGAUGUGUUUUGAAUCACUUUGAGUCUAUUACGGGGCAGUCUAGCGCCUGCUAACAUGACCUUUUUGAUACUUCCCCCCAUCGCAGUUAUACCCAUGCACAUGCUUCAACGAGGGGUCAAAGUGCUGACCAGUACUGGACAUCAGACCAUUGGUCCCGGUGGUGCUGUAAUAUCAACGGGUGGAGUGCAGCAGACGGCAGGAAUGCCACGCUUUUUGGCCCUGCGACCUGCAGGACAGAUUGGUGCUGCUCCCGGUGGAAACAUUACCGUCUUGGGAAGCUCUGGUGCGCCCAUAAGACCAGUAAGACAAACUGAUUUGCAGCCAUCUAAUAGCUACAGCAUUCCUUAACUAACGGAAUCCUAAGGAUGCUCUUUUUUUCUUCCCCUAUAGGGCACUUUGAUUCUCUCAGGCCCUCCUGGAGCAGGUAUGGCAACCCGGGUCGGUCCCAGCUUCGCUCUGCCUCCGACAGCUGUGUCCGGAGCGGCUGCUGCAGGUGAAGACAUUGAGAAUGCAAUGCUCUCCGGCGGUCCUGAAGCCGGAUUUCUUGCUGGCCAGGCUCCCGCCCCACAAGGCGGCUUUUUUGAGCUCUCCGCUAAUCAUCCACAUGCUCAGUUUGCACAUCCUGGCAGUCCCAGUGGCCGUGACUCGGACACUGAACAAGACCAGUAAGUUGAUGGCCACCUCCCCCACCUUUGCCAGUUAGGCACUACUUAAAUGAAGACUCAUACCACUUUCUAGCUUCCAUCUGGCUGAUAUAUUGUCAAAAUCUUUAUCUUUGCUGUUACGACAGCUGAUGCGUAGGCGGACAGGCUACUGUCCGUUUGAUUUUAACGUACACCUAACCUGAAGCAUUUGUUUUAUUGGCUGUUGGCACACCUGACGACUACUCAGUUACCGAAAAUUAUUUUUUAAACAUGCUCUUAUAGUGUCUUGAGUAAUUUUUUUCUGUGAUGAUGCCCAUUUGCACAUUGAGGCGAACGUACGUUUUCGAAUAUUCUUCGCCAGGCCAGUGCAUUAGUACAGGUCUAGUUAGAGCAGCGAUUUUUAAAAAGUGAAACAACUUACGAACAAUAGUCAUAACUUGGGGCAAAUGUGUUCAGACUUGUGGGGCAGCGGGAUAAUUAUAGUCAGUGGUACGGGAGGGGGAUAGGGGGAGUGGAAGAGGUAGGGUAGUCUGACUGAGUUGUGCUUAUGUUUCGUCGCUGUGGCGCCACGUGCCAUGGUUCGGGUCUGAACUGCCUCCGCUGUUGCAAGUAUCCGUUGACGUAGGGACUUGAAGCGCCGAACACCAAGGCGCCUAUCCAAGCGGAUGCGAGAGCACCAUCUUGCCUGGCUAUAUCAAGGCGAGGAAAGUCCAUUUUUAGCGCCAUUGUGGCUCACUUGGUUGACGCCGGUCACCAGAUAGAUAUCAACCAAGCAUUCCAUGUCAUAAAUAAAGUGCCGACAAGACGCUCCAAGUCCCUGCGUCCACGGAUACUUGCUAGGGCGGAGGCAGUGGCCAUACGACUAACGAAUACAGCCUUGCGCUUGCAUAAGACCUUCAUUAGAGCCCCCCAAUUAUCCUGGUCAAAGCUGAAUCAUGAGAGUUUCGAGCCGCACCAUGGCACGUCGUACCGCAGCGACGAAUCAUAAGCACAACUCAGUCAGACUACCCUACCUCUUCCACUCCCCCUAUCCCCCUCCCGUACCACUGACUAUAAUUAUCCCUCUGCCCCACAAGUCUGAACACAUUUGCCCCAAGUUAUGACCAUUGUUCAUAAGUUGUUUUACCUUUAAAUUUCGCUGCUCUAGCUACUUGUAUUAAUGUACUGGCAUGACGAAAAAUAAUCGAAAACGUACGUUCGCUGUCUUGAACUUCCUCAAUUUUAUUCGUGCUUUAAAGCUCAAGUUAAUCCUCCAAUCGGUCGUCAAAGGUGCUAGUUAAUAAGGAUUUAGAAUAGUCAGAAUUCCCUGAUAAACGUGCAGAUAGUAUGAAUGAAUCAAUGUAUGUUCUCAGGUGCGAUUUCGUAAUUCGAGGGAAGCAUUUCAGCACUCGAGUUUGUGAGUCUGGUUGUGCAUACAAGUAGCAACUGUUUCUUGUAAUUGAAGCAGAUCUGUGGGUAUCACAUUCUCGACUGAGCAUGUUUUAGAGACGUAGCACAGUACCUAACCAACGGAUUUCUCCCUCCAACCCCCAGUGUCGCGACGGGCCUCAAAACAAACGGCCUUCGACGCUAUGCACGAUGCGUUUGCAACAAAGUCAAAGAAAAGGGAAUUACCUCCUACAGCGAAGUGGCGGACGAACUUGUGCAUGAGUACGCGGCGGAACAUCCGAUGAUCCCAUCAGAACAGGUAGGCUGAAGCCACAAUGUUUUUUUUGCCGAGUUUCGACAUCAAGGAAUCUUGACGAUAGUGCAAUUUAUGAAAAUAACGGUUUUCUAUGAAGAAGAAAUCUCUCAUAAACCAGGCGUAUUUCGGAAUUUCGAUGUGCAUUUUGACGCGUGUAGGUCGAAUACACUGGAUCGAAAAAGGACGGGGAAACUAGAGUGGCAAUUUGGCCUCGAUCAAUAAUAUCGGACCGGGGGAGUCCCAGGGAUUCCAGUUAGCUAGUUGCCCUCUCGGCCUCUGUGGUCUCACCCUGUCGUCUGUGGUAGCUCGUAUUCACAGCUUGGGACACCUGGGUCCUAUUAACUUUAAAUAGUGAGCUCAACAUCAAUGUGUUUCACACAACUUAUCCGUUCAGAAGACCAUUUACGAACAUACCUUUGCUGUCUAUGAAUUCUCGUCAUAGGUUUAGUUUCUGGGUCAAUUAUUACAUGCCGUCUUCUAGAGACAUCGAGUCGCUUCCCUCGUUUCAAACAGACAUAAAGCAGGAAUAGUGGGCUGGGGGGGAUAGUUGCGGAGCGUCAGUAUCACCUGGUCUCUGCACGACAACUUUGGUGAGCUCUUGACUCUAAGCCCUAAGACGGUCCCGUUCGUCAUUCAGGACGAAUCGGCGUUUGCUAUGCCCUUCAAAACCAGCUCCAUUUGUUGGGUGAUAAGAAUCCUUUGCCGUCGCCAGAACGCUAUUGCCUCAUUCAUAGAAUGAAUUUACCCACUGUAUAAUACGAGGAUGCCAUUCUGUUACCUUUUUGUGCACCAACGAUUUUCCCCUGAUAGAAACUCCAGAAGGUAGGAUCUUCAUGAACUGCGGUGCAGUGGACCAUGAUUAAAGCCAGGUCUUUAGUCUUGAAAAUCUUUAGGGUCCCAACCGAAGAGAGCCGUAGCUCCUGACAUUGAGGGAUGUAUUUGCCAUACCAUAGUUAAUUUGAUGAAACAGAUCUUCCGGUCCAGCUAACACCAGAUCAUACAACACUUCACGCUGCCCUUUUCGCAGUUGCGCCAGGCCGAUGAUAGUACGAUUUUGAAUCGCAAGGAGGUCCUGUGUCAAGGACGUGCUCCGAAAUAAAGCGGCGUACGCGGUUGUGGGGGGCCACCUGCCGCACAAAACAUCCACAAUGACGGUGGUGGUUCGUGCUUCUCCACCUCUUCUGGUACGGACAUUUAUUGACAGGUAGACGGGGCGGGGUGUAGGUGGACGUGGCAGGGUCUGCUGUUUGACACUGAAGUGUUGUUGUCGGGGACCAAAACGUACCCACCAAGCUAUAUUUGCCUCUCACCUGAAGGUGAAUAUUCCUGUCACAACUUAGCCCGCCGUUUAAUGGACUGAACCUUUUUCAUCCUUGCUUGCUCUAGGCCACAAUGCUUAAUGCUGGUUUCAUUUAUGCUCUUAACCCCCCUUCCAGCUGCACUACAUUCAAAAGAACAUACGGCGGCGCGUUUAUGAUGCUCUGAAUGUUCUCAUGGCGCUGAAUGUCCUGCAAAAGGAAAAGAAGGAGAUUCGUUGGGUAGGCCUCCCCAUAAACAUGAUUGAGGAGUGCCGUCGGCUUGAAGAGGAACGGGAGAAACGGCAGAUUUCUCUGCGAAAUAAGGUACUUUGACUGUCCUCUUUUUCAUUAUUGUGAUGUACCUUUUAUUUUACGCAGUUAUCUUUCUUAGGGGAGGCAGGAGUGAAAUCGCACUAGCACCCCCGAAAACAAAAUACUUCACCGUUAUAACUUUAUUUCGGGGAAACGACAGUCCGAGCGGAAUUCGAGCCCACGACAGCAAUGGAAAGGAUGGAGUACAGCCAGAGGUCUAACCUCGUUGCUCGGGUGGUUAGAACGUUGGCUGUACUGAGGACUCGCUCUUGCUGUCUCGGUUCUGAAUUCGACCGAGGCCCCCCAGGUUUUAUUCGCAUCCGCCAAAACAUAUAUUACCUUGAUUUUUUUCAACACGUUCACGGCCUCGAAACGCAUAAAAAGCGGUUGUCCGCUUGCAGUAGACAGAUGUUGAUUUCAGACAGACUGAGUGGUCCGCCAGUUCAAAACGGCCAAUUUCUUGGCUACGAGUAAGCCGUGUUAACUGAACACUCAUCAUAAAGAAGGGACUUGUACUUUUCGAAGGACUGGUUAAUCAAGUUGCGCAAAACAGACUAACUGUUGUAUUUGCUUUUUUCAGAUUUGAACGAUUAUUCAGAAGGCUCCUAAGCAGUCGAGCAUGCUUAUGCCGCCAGUUGGUAGGGCAGUGCUCGACCACCUGAACAUGAUUACAUCCGUUUCUUAUAAGACAGUCGCGUAAUAAAGCCUAUCAAUAGUGGGAUGCGGCAACUGACCGCAUGCACUUUCUAACACCUUGUGGGGAAUAUGCAAAAUCCGAUUUUUUCCACAUCUCUGCUAGCUUGACCUUAGGGGGAAUUUGGAUUGCUUACGAUUGCUUGACCCCAGUCUAUCAUCACCAGCUGCAGGUUAGUUGUCAGGAUAUUAGUCCCUGAAAGCCGUCUGACCUGUCUCCACUAAUGUAUAAAACUAGUUUUUCUGACAGCGACAGGUGAUCUUCCCAGAAAACAAUUUAGAACCUCUCCGCAAAUGAUGUCUCAAAAUAGGCCACCGUUUGAUUUUUUGAUUUUCGCCAGCCUUCACAGAAAAGGGAUACUCCGUUCUUUUUGACCACAAGCCUACAUCAGAUGACUGACCGGCUUAGGCAAUGGACUGGUGGCUCCUCACAGGACGGAGAGUCAGUCCGUCUUGGCACCUAUGACACUCCUACACUGUUAGGACCUAAGCCGUUCCUUGUUUGUUUGCCAAAACCUGGUCUGUCAUUCGCUGAGCGGGCGAGUGUGUGUGUGUGUGUGUGUGUGUGUGUGUGUGUGUGACACGCGCUGACGGGAGGGUCAGCUUUGUCAGCCAGAGCACCCAAUUAUUCCCCCCCCCCCUCCGGUCGUGUUGAUUUUAUCUUUCCACAUGGCGGCUCAGGUGGGUGGGGGUGUGACAGGUGCUGUGUGAGCUUACCAUCACUAUUAACCCGCGAACUUCGGACUGAAAAUUUCCGUAUAAGUCAAGUUUAACGCACAAAAAAAUCUGUUGAAAUCAUGUUAGUAGUAUAUUUAUAGUCAUUUAAGUAACCCGCUAGAUCUGGCUUCGGCAGUUCGGGUUGCCUUCAAUUUCCCACAGUUCGCCGUGCAAAUGAAACCUACAGCCUCCUAUGUGGCCGUCUGUCCUUUUGCUGUUUUAUGAAUGUCCAAAAUCUAGAUUGCUAUUUUUGACUUCCUUUCGUUAGACUGCAGAAAUCCAAGAGCUCAUCCUUCAACUGAUCGCUUUCAAAAACCUCGUUGUUCGGAACCGUAUCAAUGAGCGCUACAAGCGACAGCGACAGGCACAACGCGAAGCUGCCGCCCUCAGCACUGCCUCCGGUGCCGCCGACACUGAACACCAUACCGAUGUGGGUGGUGCCACGGGCAAGCCAAGCACUACAAUGGAGAUGACGGUGGCCGCUCUCACUCCUCAGAAACUCGACAACAUCCCACUGCCCUUCAUGAUUGUAUCAACCAAUCGGAAGGCGGUGAUCGACUGCAAUAUAUCCAGCGACAAGUAAACACCUCAAAACUAAUGUUCCCCUCCCCACACCAUCUCCCCGUAGUGUUGUCUCCAUUCAGACUUGAUCGCGCUUAUCCUAAUGCACGUUUCAUUCCACCUCCUGCAGACUUGAAUACCUGUUCAAUUUCGACCAAGCCUUCGAGAUUCGCGAUGAAGUCGACACACUGAAAAGAAUGGGCCUUACUCUUCGCCUAGGAAGCGCCCAGUGCACACAGGAGGAGUACAAUCAGUGCCUUGAACUCAUUCCCCCUUCUCUGCGCUUCUACGUCGAGGGUAAGUUGGUAAAUCCUCCCCUGGUACUUCUGCAACACUUCAGAAACUAAGCGCUGGUAGAGGGGGCUCACCGAUCGUUUUUUUACGAAGCUCACUCGUCCUGUCGUGCCUUAGGGCUCUAUCGCGCCCAUCCAACAGCGGCGCAGGAUAUAGAGAGAAUAGCAUUACCGCCAAAAACACGGGAGACUGGAAUGACCGUUUCUGCCUUAUUGACCGUCCUCAGCUAGUCAUACCCAACUCCGAAGUGUGGAACAACCGAAACUCGAACUCGCGACCUGUUAGCUAGAAGACUAAUGGCUCUAACCACUGGGCCACUUACCCGUUGUCCUGUCGGUUUCGAUCGGGAAUAGACAAUGGUAGGGGUGGGGGGGGGGGGCGCUCACCGAUCGUUCUUAUGGAACUCACUCUUUCCGACCUGUUAGCCAACCCCGAUUGGGCAUAUUUCACACUAUUUGAUUUCUCGAUUCUAACUAAUUGUGCAAGGCUCUCCUUGGGUGUGUUUCCGAUCAGGAAUAGCCGCAAAACAUCCUCAUGCGUCCUCUACGCUGACGUAUUAUUUUAACCCCUCUCCCCCCUCAAAAAUACUCGUAGCGUCAUAACGUGGUCCUGUAACUCCUCUGCAUCCUCGUCACAAAAUGCCCCUUUUCCGCUUUCCAGCUAUAUAUGAACGCCGCCAGGCUAUAGUGCCAGACUUUGAGGCUUUACAUCAGCAACGCCGUCUCUUCAUUGAGGCCAGAAUCGCCGAGGCCGCGGCCGCAGGAACCGCCAGUGACCUCUCGCAUCCAGGUGAUGACAGCCAAGCCCGAUCUGAUCACCUUGGAAGCGGUACUCAGUCUCGACGCCUGCAGUCCGGCUCGCCCUCGGCCAACGGUGGUCACUUUGGUUUCUUCGACAGUGGCGUCAACGACGACUCGAGCGUUCGUCAGAUUCAGAUCCAACGCGGUGUCCCCACUGACUUGGUGCCGGGCGACACCCAACACUACGCCCGAACCGCUGCAGCCCGAGGCUUUGUGGUUCCAGGCGGUCCCGAUGGCCUCCUUCGACAUCGCGGCACCCCCUCAGCUCCCAGCCAGUUCCGCAGUCAGGCUGGCAGCAUACACAGACAGGCAGUGAAGAUGACUGUCGAGGGAUCCGCCGGUGCCGGCAGUGGCGGAGUGCUGGGCGACGCUGAGAAUGUGUCGGCUACGGCGGCAAUCAGCGGUGACCUGCGCGGCGGGCCCAGGCACAUGCGUAUGGGCAGAGGCCUGCUGGAUGAGGAAGACGACGCACCCGAGGAUGACGAAGACAUGGAUAUGGGCGACGAGGACGAUGAUGAAGAUGAGGAUGAUGAUGACGAUGACAUGGAGGAUGUGCAGGAUGUUCUCAAACACUCACCUUAG